AUGGAGGAAAACGACUAUAUCAUUGGCUUUAAGCUUGUGUUGCUGUUGUCAGCCUUGACGUCGGCCGCCCUUCUGGCGCUUAUUGACAGUUCUAUCGUUGCCCCGGCCAUACCCCGAAUCACAAGUCAAUUUCAUUCUCUCUCUGACGUGGCAUGGUAUGGUAGUGCAUAUCAACUCACCAGGUUUGUCAUUGAUUUCCGCAGCCCACUCACAGGGAAGCUUUAUAGAUACUUCAAGACCAAGACGACUUUCAUUACACUUCUAGGUAUUUUUGAGCUCAGCUCCUUGAUUUGUGCCAUAGCAUCAAGCUCCGAAAUGCUCAUUGUUGGACGGGUAAUGGCCGGUAUUGGAGCUUCAGGCAUCCAAAACGGUGCUUUGACAAUAAUUUCCAGAUCCUUUCCCCCUAAGAGACAAGCACGCUUCUAUAUUAAUCUUCCCUUUGGCGGCGCCAUUACUCUUGUCCUGAUUUUUAUCAAUAUCCCAGACCCGACGUUUACUAGCGAAUGUCUGUCAGCCGUGCAAGUCAUUCGAGACAAAUUAGACCUGAUCGGAUUCUGUUUUUUUGCACCAGCCAUGAUUCAGCUCCUCUUGGCACUGGAAUAUGGAGGAAAUGGGUAUUCUUGGAGUAGCGAGACAGUCAUUGGCCUUUUCUGUGGCUCAGGCACGACGUUCAUUUUAUUUCUGGCAUGGGAGUACCGCACUGGUACAGACGCGAUAUGGUUUGUCGAAGAAUUGUUCUUUUUUGCUGUCUCUUCUUAUUUUUUGGGGGGGGGGGGUAUGACUGCCUGCGCAACAUAUUAUCUUCCUCUCUAUUUCCAAGUGGUCAAAGGAGUGUCGCCAAUGAUGAGUGGGGUUUACCUCCUCCCAAACAUCAUCAGCCAGUUGAUUCUUGUUAUUUUCGCCGGUGUCCUAGUAGGGAAGGUGGGUUGCUACCUCCCGUUUGGUAUCGCUAGCGGGAUAUUAUCAUCCAUCGGGAACGGACUGAUAUCUCUCUUCUCAUUAUCAACUUCAGCAGAAGCAUGGAUUGGAUACCAGGUCCUAAUCGGAGCUGGUCGAGGUAUUGGCACGCAAGCCCCAAUUAUUGCGGUUCAAAAUAUCGUUCCAGCAGCCGAUAUUUCUGUUGCUCUAUCCCUGCUUCUUUUCAGCCAAACUCUGGGUCAGGCAAUCUUCCUCACCUUAUCCCAACUUAUUUUCAUUAACCGCUUGAAAUCUGGCCUUGCGGUAUAUGCUCCGUCCGUGGAUUCUGGAGCUGUGGUUGCUGCUGGAGCUUCAGCAAUCCGGACUAUACUCCCAACAAGUAGACUGGCAGGAGUUUUGAUGGCAUUUAGCCAAGGGGUAGAUCAUGUUUUCUAUCUAGCGGUUAGUCUAGCCAUAGGCUGUUUCUUUGUGGCAUGGGGAAUGGGUUGGAAGGAUAUAAGAAAGCGACAUUUGAUAGAAGAGAUUUAG